GUCAGCUGACUUUCCGCGGUUUCUUGAAUAUAAUUCCAUUUUAAAUAACUUUUUUUCAUGUUUAAAAUUCAUUUUAUACGUAUCAUUCAGACGUAUAAUUACUCUAAAUAUGUUCUUCAAAAAAGUGUACACUCUAGUGUUUAUACGCAAUGACAAUCAGAUAUUGUUGGGGUUCAAAAAACGCGGUUUCGGUGUCAACAAGUGGAAUGGAUUUGGUGGUAAAGUUGAGCAAAACGAAACAAUCGUAGAGGCUGCAGUACGUGAGCUCCGUGAAGAAAGCUGUGUUAACGUGAAGACCAGCGAUUUAAAAAACAUCGGCCACUUGGAGUUCACAUUUGAAGGUGACCCCAUGCUGAUGGACGUAAGGGUAUUUUCCACUAAUAACUACGAAGGAACUCCAGCUGAAACAGAUGAAAUGUCUCCAAAAUGGUUUAAUUAUGAGCAUGUACCAUUCAGUGAUAUGUGGCCGGAUGAUAAGCUCUGGUUUCCUUACAUGUUAAAGAAUAAAGCUUUUUAUGCUAAAUUCCAUUAUCAAGGAAACGAUACGAUAUUAGAUUAUAAGAUUCAGGAGCUUGACUCUAUGGAAGCAUUUUAUGCAAACCAAAAUAGUCCUUAAACAGUGUUAAAAAAAAAUGCAAUAGUAUAUUUCUUUCUUAGUGUAUUAUUUAGUAUUAAAGUUACUAAAUAAGGUACUUGACUAUUGCUGACUGUGUAGUUGUAGAUUUAUGUAAUACAGGGUAUUAUAAAGUAUUCAGUUCAAUUGUAAGUGAUUAUAUUUGAAGAAUUAUGUAAUAACUACAGGGUAUCA